AUGAUGGCAGCUAUUCUACCUGCCGUCACGGAAUCUGACAACAGCCAAAUAGAUGGUGACAAUGCCUUACAAUACCUGAAUGAGAACCAAGUGCGUGGAGAACUCCAUUGUUCUUCGAUGUUUAACGAUGAUCAAGUCAUUGAAUUGGAAAACAUUGUAAGAAGAAAUCACUCGGCAAUUCACUUGACAUCUCUAAAACUCGCCAACAAUGGUCUUACGGAAAAUUCUACGACAGCGCUAGCCAAUAUACUCACACAUCAAGUCGAAACCUUGCGAGAUUUGGAUCUGACGCAGAAUCCCCUCAAACAUUCUGGAUUGACGCCCUUGGUGGAUCAACUGAUUGCAGGCCGACCAGUCUCACAAUUACACACACUCAAUUUGACAAAAACCAUGCUUGGAAACCAGGGAGCAUCGGCCCUAGCUUCACUCUUAAGGUUCAAUACCAGCUUGCGACAUUUGAAUUUGAGCAGUAACAAAUUGGGCAACAAGGGAAUCAAGACCCUCGCUCCUGCUUUGCAAAAUAAUUCUCAUUUGGAGACGCUCAAUGUGUCCAACAAUAACAUCUCCUCAGUGGGAGGAAAUUUCCUGGCCAAAGAAAUUCAAGCGGCCAAAGCACCAGGAGUAUCGAACAUUAUAUCGAACUUGAGACACUUGGACAUCUCGUUCAACAAGAUUAAAGACAGUGGAAUUCAAGCCUUUGCAACGCUUUUGCGUACAGAGAACACCUUUGAAAGCUUUUGCGCCGAAAGCACCAGUUUGGGACCCGACGGUGCCUUUCACCUAGCACCUGUUUUGGAGUUCAAUCAUGGUCUUCGUGUCCUAAAAUUGGGUGGCAACCAAAUUGGUUCCGAAGGAGUAGAAGUUCUAAUGGAGAGUCUCCACAAUAGUCAAUCAUCUAAUUUGGAAGAAUUGGAUUUGGCAUACAAUGCUGUUGGAAGGGAAGGGGCCGAAAGCAUUGCCCAUGAGUUGGCCGAAAAUUCCAAUCUUAAGGUAUUGAACCUAAACGGCAAUACGAUUGGUAGUGCAGGAUGUGCACUGUUGGCUCAAGGAUUGCAAUACAGUCUAUCACUGCGACAUUUGGUUUUGACUAAUAACAAUAUUGACAACCAAGGUGCUUUUGAAAUGGCGGUCGCCCUUGGAAAGCCAUCUUGCAAAAUUGAGACAAAAAAUGUGUUGUUGGAUGAUAAUCCAAUCACAGACGCUGGUAUCACAGCUUUGGAGCGGGUACAAAAAUUGAAAAAUAAUCAAAAGUACUGGCUUGGAAAGCUCUUGCAAGGGCUGGAGAAGGGGGUCAUCUUUAGCGUGGACUUGCAGUACAAGGAUAUUGGGGACACGGAGGUUUUGCUGUUGCUGGAAGUGUUGGCCGAUCACAAUCCAUUGAUCCGCACAUUCUUUUUGAAUGGCAAGAACCUCACAUCGAAGAGUUUGAUUCCACUGUUUCAAUUUGCAUUGACUUGGAAGGCCAGAAUACUGAGACUCUUUCUGAAACAGUGUUCGUUUGGACCAGAUGUAUCAGCGGCAUUCCGACAGUCUCUUGUGGAAAACUCCACCUUGGAAGUCUGCUCUCUUAUCGACUGCUCUAUAGACUCCAACGGAAUUUCUGAAAUCGCUGAGGGAUUGAAAUACAACAAAACAUUAAGACGAUUGAAUCUGGAUCGCAAUUGCAUUCGAGAUGAUGGAUUGGCGACAAUGCUAAGCAUCCUCCCCCAUCCAUCACUUACAGCAUUGUGCGUAUCAAAGAAUGGUAUUACAGACCAGAGCAUGUCCAACCCUGCUUUAGCGCAUUUGACAGAGCUCAACUUGAAUGGGAAUUUAAUCACAAGCGUGGGUGGUGCACAACUCUCCGCAGCUCUAGUUUCCAGCAGAAUGGAGCGCUUGGGUCUCUGGAACAACAAGCUUGGAGAGGACCAAAGGAAUGCCAUCAAAGCGUUUCUACCCAACACCCAUUGCGAGUUUUGA